UGAUCCUUUUAUCUCUUCAAUCCACCUGCCAGCCUCUUACAGGCCGAGAGGAUUAAUCCUCCCUGAGAGGAUCAGAGGUCUGCAGAGGAGCAGGCAUGGCUCGGUUCGGACCGGCGCUGAAGCUGCUGCUGGUGGUUGGGCCAGGACUGGUUCUGGCUAGGGUCCGGGAUCCGCUGCCCUUGCUAUGGAUGAUGCCGGUCAGCUUCGAGUUUGGUCGGGACAACCUGACGGCCGCCGUGGUUCCCGCCGUCAGAUUGGCUCUGCAGGACCUGGAGAAGCAGGCGGGACCGCUGGGGAGCUAUGAGGUCCAACUGCAGCUGCUGAGCUCACAGUGUGAUCCUGCUGAAGCUCUUAAAGUCUUAUUUGACGCCCUGUGGGCGGGGCCCAGGUACCCGCUGAUGUUGGGAGGGGUGUGUCUACCUGUGACGUCGCUGGUCGCUCGUUCUCUGCAGGCUCUCAACCUGUUGCAGGUGUCCUUCAGGGCUCCACCCCCCAACCUGUCCAACAGGAAGUGGUACGGGCACCUGUUCAGCACGGUUCCAUCGCUCCGCGCUGUAAACCUGGCUGCGGUGAAGCUUCUGCAGCGCUACAGGUGGAGGAGGAUAGGGUUGCUGGUGCAGGACCGACCGCGUCCGGCUGAGAUGAGAAAAGAUCUGAUCCGACAGCUUGUGAGGACUGACAUUCAGCUCGCCGCCUCAGAGAGCUUCUCUGAAGACGCCUGCAGCGCCUUAAGGAAGCUGAAGGAUGAAGACGUGCGCAUCAUCGUCGGACAGUUUGAGGCCGGUUCUGUGACGGAGGUGUUCUGCUGUGCGUACAGGCUAAACCUGUUCGGACCUCGGUACCAGUGGAUUCUAGCGGCUGGAGGAGCCUCUGGAUGGAUGCUGGGAUGGAAGCCCUCGGCUUGUUCUGCCGACAGUCUGAUGAUGGCUUCAGACGGAUCCUUCAGGCUGCAGGUCCGACAGUUAGGAAACGCCAACACCCCUGGAGUCUCUGGACGGACUCCUCAGGGCUACCUGGAGUCUUACCUGGAGCAGCUGGUGCUGGACGGGUCAGGGGUCAGCCCCCUGCAUGCCUUCGCCUACGACGCUGUUUGGGUGGCUGCCAGGGCCCUGGUUCAGGUGGCGGAGGCGGUGAAACUCAGAGCGAAGUACGGUUCGCCGAGGAACGUCUCGGUUAAUGAGGAGGAGAAGGCGAAGCUGCUUCUGGAGGCGGUGAAGAACACCCACUUCGAAGGAGUCACAGGUCCGGUUUCCUUCCGGAACGGGGAGAGGAUGACGGUGAUGGAGCUGAUCCAGUUCCAGGGGGAUGGAGGAGUUCUGGUGGGAGAGUUCAACACGACCACCCAGCAGCUCCGAAUCACCACCCAGCGGCUGAAGUUUAAAGGUUCUGGACCGGCCAAGGAUCAGACCGCGGUCCGCCUGCAGCAGCGCCGUGUCAGCCUCCUUCUCUACGCCGUCAUCUCGUCGGCUGCUGCUGGAACCAUCUUCAUCUCCCUCAUCUUCCUCUGCCUCAUCCUCGUCGGCCACAGGCGCCGGCUGCUGAGGUCCGGAAGUCCGUCCCAGGACCAGCUGGUUCUGCUGGGCCUCCUGCUGACUUCCUCGUCGGUCCUGUGCUCCGGGCUGGACAGAACCUCGCUGCCGGACCAGACGUUGGAGAUCCUCUGCUCGGUCCGUCUGUGGACUCUGUCAGUGGGUCACACCGUGAGCUUCUCUGCGCUGUUCACCAGAACCUGGAGGGUCUACUCUCUCUGCAGGGUCCAGCAGAAGCAUCGGACCCAUCUGAAGGGAACUGGCUUCAUCUUGCGCUGGAUCCUCCUGCUGGAUGUGUUGGUUCUGACCUUCUGGCAGAUCCUGGACCCGCUCAGAUGGGCGGUUCUUCAGAGCGGCGUGGAGGAGCGCCUGGAGGAGGAGGACGUUCUGGUCCGUUCCUGUUCUGAACAGUGCAGCAGCACCAACAUGGAGCUGUGGCUCACCGCCAUCUUCGGGUUCAAGGCGCCGCUGCUGGGUCUGGGCUGCUUCCUGGCCUGGAACAUCAGGACUGCAGAUGUUGGUCCCGCUGCAGGCAGCUGUAAACGUCUGGCUCUCAGUAUGUUUUCCAUGACAGCGUUCAGCCUGGCUGGAGCUUCAGGAACGCUGCUGACAUCCAGAGAUCCAGCUGUUGACUUCUGUCUGCUCAGCAUCCUCAUCCUCAGCUGGAACCUCUUCAUCCUGACUGUCCUGAUUAGACCUCAGAUUCUUUGCAUGCUGUGCGGCAGCGGCGGCGGCGGCGAGCUGCAGCAGACGUCCGAGCUGCAGGGAGAGGAAUUGGACCGGCUGAGGAGGAUCAAUCAGGACCUCAGGAGUCAAAGUGCUCAACUUGACGCUCAGAUUGAAACCAUCACCAUGGAGCUUUCUGAGCGGCUCCAGGAUGAAACAGGAGACGCAGCCGGAUUCUCUUCCCUCACGACUCAUGAAGCUCAGGUCUGUCAGCAGAGACCUUCAGGUCUGGACAACAUCAACUCCCCUGAGCACGUGCGUCGCCGUCUGUCCCUGCAGCUGCCCAUCCUCCAUCACUCCUACCUUCCCAUCGUCGGAGGAAUCAGCUCCAGCAGCUCCAGCCUGUUCGGCAGCCAUGGCGCUGUUGUUUACCUGCAUCAUGACCACUUCCUGCAAAGCUGUGGACAGGAAGCUGCAGACUGAGAGUUAAUCAGGAUCUCCUUGGUGGGAAAAUAUUCCAAUGAAUGUAAACGAAUAAAAUGUUCAAACAAA